UUGUUCCCUCUCUCUAUAAGCAAUCAGGAAGUGGUAAAUCUUUAACACACACCACUGCUCUGUCAGUCAGUCAGUCAUUAGACGGACAAGAUGGAGCUCAGUCCACUCCCUGUGAUGCUCUUGCUGAUUUCACUCAUACCAGUGGUACAGGCUCAAGGGAGUCCUAAAGCUGUGGUGUCCAUAAAGCCUGAUACACAUGUGUUCACUGGAGAGACUGUUACUCUCAGAUGUGACAUACAGGGAGGAGGAAACACUCAGUGGACUUACAGCUGGAAUAAAGAUAAUAACAAACUCUAUUCAAAUGGAACUAAGAGAUAUUUCAUAGACAAAACAAUGCAGGUGUUAGAUAUCUGUUCUGUUGAAGACUCUGACAGUGGAACCUACACCUGCAGAGGACAUGGGGGAUACAAUCAGAGCUCAGAGAUAAGUGAUGAUGUUACACUGACUGUAUCAGGGAGUCCUAAAGCUGUGGUGUCCAUAAAGCCUGAUACACAUGUGUUCACUGGAGAGACUGUUACUCUCAGAUGUGACAUACAGGGAGGAGGAAACACUCAGUGGACUUACAGCUGGAAUAAAGAUAAUAACAAACUCUAUUCAAAUGGAAAUAAGAGAUAUUUCAGAUACAGCACAAUGCAGGUGUUAGAAAUCUGGUCUGUUGAAGACUCUGACAGUGGAACCUACAGCUGCAGAGGACAUGGGGGAUACAAUCAGAGCUCAGAGAUCAGUGAUGAUGUUACACUGACUGUAUCAGUAAGACCCAAACCGACUGUGAGAGUGAAUCCUCAGAGCUCCGUCUACACUGGAGACACCGUCACUCUGAGCUGUGACCUGCAGCAGGGGACUGGAUGGAAGUUUCAAUGGUACAAAAAUAAUCAGUGGUUAUGGAAUCUGAACAGUGAACAAGUGAACACACUUAAUGUGACAGUCGAUAAUGCAGGAGAAACAGAGUACAUGUGUGAAGCACGCAGGAGAAACUACUACUACUUCACAGAGCUCAGUGAUCCUGUCAAGAUUACAGUGAGAGUAAAACCCAAACCGACUGUGAGAGUGAAUCCUCAGAGCUCCGUCUACACUGGAGACACCGUCACUCUGAGAUGUGACAUACAGGAUGAAAGUGUCUCUAGCUGGCAGUACAGCUGGUAUAAAGAUACUUCACACAGUCCUGUCAGUAGUGAACAGGUGUACAGUACCAGUGGUGUUGAAGUGACCCACACAGGUACAUACACCUGUAGAGGAACAGAGAGAGGAGGCUCACGCUCCUCACACUCCAGUGAUGUUAUUACACUGACUGUAUCAGUUGAAUCUACUCCAGUCUCUCUGAUCAUCAAUCCCAGCAGAACUCAACACUUUACUAAUGACUCUCUCUCACUGAGCUGUGAGGACCAGAGUAAGUCUACUGAAUGGACAGUGAGACGAUACACACACAGUGAGAGAGUGUUAGAUUGUUCUCACUGGGGAUCAGUUACAGGAUCUACAUGUAACAUCAGCUUCCUCUCCACAUCCUACACUGGAGUUUACUGGUGUGUGUCUGAAUCUGGUGAAAACAGUAAUCCUGUCAACAUCACAGUGCAUGAUGGUGAUGUGAUCCUGGAGAGUCCUGUCCAUCCUGUGACUGAGGGACAUCCUCUGACUCUACGCUGUUUAUAUCACAACCCAAAUCCCUCAAACCUCCGAGCUGAUUUCUAUAAAGAUGGAUCAGUUCUCCAGAACCAGACUACAGGAGAGAUGAUCAUCCAAACUGUCUCAAAGUCAGAUGAAGGUUUCUACCACUGUAAACACCCAGAGAGAGGAGAGUCACUGAAAAGCUGGGUCUCAGUCAGACGUGUAGAAGCUCCAUUCUCAGUGCUCAUGCUGAUCUGUAGUGUGGUGACGGCCUCUCCGUAUCUGCUGGUGACCAUCAUUCUGCUGCUCAUAUGUUAUAGAGCUCGAGAUCACACUGAUGAAGACAGAAUUGAGAAUGCAGUCAUAGAGGCGUGAGCAAAAUUCAUCUAUAAAAAGAAGAUACAUUUACUAUGAUAUAUAUUAUUGCAGAAUUUCUAUUUCUUUAUGGUUUUGUGUGGAUUUUAAAGCAAUACUGAUUUCUCAUUUAAAUGUCCUGCUGUUAUUUGCUCAUCAUAUUAUAAACACCCUCAUUGUUGUGACUGGCUUUGUUUAGUUAAUGUCUGCAAACCUCCUGAUGAGGUGUAAAUUACCGUGUGUGUACAGUAGUGUCCAAAAAGCCCUACAGCCAGCUUUUUUAUGCAAUAUAAAAAUGUUAUCUGAAAUAUGGUGCUAAUAUUGUGUUUUGUGUCUUCACAGUAUUAGUUCUACCACUGCUGCAUUUGUACUGCUGUUUUUAUUCUAUUUGUUUGUGAGAUUUCCUGUAUAUGAAAUGUUUUGAUCAAUAAAAUAAAUCAUUAUCAAUU